GUCCCCACGCAGUUCGAGGCGGAAGUGGCCGCGCCGCCAUGUUGGCCUGGAGGGGAAGUGGAGGCCUGGCCCCCCACUAAGAUGGAGGAGGGGCGCCAACUGGGGGCCUAGGGCCCCCUCCGGCUGCAGGGCGCGCUGGGGCCCAUGGAGCAGCGCUAGGACACAUGGAGUGGGCUGCACCUGAAGGAAGGAGCUGAAGACCCCAGGGUGGGGAAGAGGGCCCUGGUUUGGAGUGGCAUCUGAACAAGAGGUUUUAGUUUAUACUGUAGACAGCUACUUCACUGCCAAUAUGACAUCCUCAACCUCUGACCAGUAUCCAGCAUCUGAGAGUGCCUGCAGAAUCACACUUGGGCAAGCUAACCAGGUGCGACCAAAACUGCCACUCCUGAAGAUUCUGCAAGCAGCAGGUGCACAAGGUGAAACCUUCACAUUGAAGGAGGUCAUGUGUUACCUGGGACAGUAUAUAAUAGCGAGGCAGCUAUAUGAUAAGCGGCAGCAGCACAUGGUGUAUUGUGGAGGGGAUCAACUGGGUGAAUUGCUGGGACUGGAGAACUUCUCUGUGAAAGAUCCAAGCCCAGUUUAUGACAUGCUGAAAAGGAACCUGACUUCUGUUACUAUUACAGAUGCCGCACAGACUCUUGCUCUCGCAAAGGAUCAGAGCGUCGAUAAUCCAAGCCAAGACCAGCUGAAGCAGACUAGCACAGAGGGAAGCCCUGACACUGAGGGAACAGAGGACAGAAGUGGUUCUCCUGCUUUGUCUACCUCACAGCUCAAAUAUGGAAACUGCGAAGACAAAGACUUAAUAGAAAAUCUCUCAAAAAGCAAGAAACCCAAACUGGAUCUGGUAUUUGAGGAGUGGGAUGUAGCUGGCCUUCCAUGGUGGUUUUUAGGAAAUCUGAAAAACAACUACAAGUCCAGAAGUAACGGGUCAACAGACAUACAGACCAAUCAGGACAUAGACACUGCCAUUGUUUCAGAUACUACUGACGACUUGUGGUUCCUCAAUGAAUCUGCAUCGGAUCAGCUCAGUGUUGGUGUCAAAGUGGAGACAGUGGACUGUGAAGAAGUGGGGAAAGAGAGUGACAAAAAGGUGGGUGAGGUUACAGGUAAUGAUGACCUGGAAGAUUCUCAAUGCCUAAGUGACGACUCUGAAGUAGAAGCUGCCUCUGAGGAUUGCUGGCAAUGCACCAAAUGCAAGAAGUUUAAUUCUCCAGUCAAACGGUACUGUUACCGCUGCUGGGCCUUACGGAAGGACUGGUACUCGGAUUGUCCCAAACUAGCUCAUUCUCUCUCUCUGUCCACCAUUGAUACUAUUCAAAGCAAAAAAGAUGAUGAGGGAAUUGAUGUCCCAGAUUGCAGAAGGACCGUGUCUGCUCCAGUUUGCCGUCCCAAAGACCUGUCCCCGGUAGAAUGCAAGUGCCUGGUAGACCCCAGCAGCUCUUUGGAGUCGUUGGGUUUGGCAGAAGAAUGCAAGGACCAGGAGUUUGGUGAACUCAAAAAGGAGGAGGAAGCAGAAUGCCAAGAGAGCAUCAAAAAAUUGUUGAAUCCCUGCCUUUUAUGCCAGAAGAGGCCACGGGAUGGGAAUAUUGUCCAUGGAAGGUCUGCUCACCUAGUGGCUUGCUUCAGAUGUGCAAAAAUGCUGAAGAAAGGGAGAUCGCCUUGCCCAGUGUGCAAGAAACAGAUCCAGAUGGUGAUCAGAAUCUUUGUGGGGUAGCUGGACUGCUAUGAGGUGCUUCAGGGAUUUAAAUGGUAGCCAGUCAGGGGACAGCGGCACACGGUUUACACAGGUUUUAUGGCACUGCAAGGGAGAUUAACCACGUAAAUCAGCUAAUGAGGAGGGGUCCCCAAACUGACUAUGCAAGUUGAGGAUUCCUCGUAAUGGCAUGAACCAAUGUUCAGUUUUUAGUAUCAGUUUACAUUGCCUGGGGCCUGAUUGAUCCGUCAGUAGCAUCUGCCCCAGGUUUUAGAAUUUCUAAAUCCUUGACUUUCCAAAAAUGAUGAUUUCACGUCUCGUUUUCAUAACUGAUCCCUGCAAAAGCCAGAGGUUUCAUAAAUACAUUUGUAACACUGGGUGGCUGCAUGCUCUGCAGUAAGCUAAACUCUGUGCAGGGUUUGCAAGUAGAAAGCACACGGAGGGAGGAGAGUGUGUCUGAGUGUACAUGUGUGUACACUGGAUUCUCCAAGAAUCAGUUCUUAGAAGAGCCAACAGGGAGCCAAGACUUCUAACUCUCUGCAGUAUUUUGUAAGAUGAGGUUGAGAGACUCUCCCAAAAUCCCUAAUGGGGAAAAACAAACCUCCCCAACUUUGAAUCUAUACAUAAACCACCCUGUAUGAUUUAGCAGCCAGGCAAGAGCAAGGUGUCGUCUCUUGCUUUCUUAUUGGAUGGCUCUAAUUGAUUGAUCCCUGUAGUUUAGUGUUGGAGGCCAGUUCCUCGGCUGCUCUCAAUCAGCAGUUAGACAUGUAUAUAAGAGCUUCUGAUGUACAUAAUUAGCUCCUCACAACCACAGCUGUUUUAACAGCAUAUCUACCUUUUUAAUCUGGCUCAUCAUUUGACAAAGUCUCCAUUUUACGGUGCUGGCGAGAGUUACUCAUGACUAAUGUGCAAUUUUGAAAAAUACUGCCUUCCCCUUUGUGCCCCACCUGACAGCUGGUUUAAGCGAAAGCACUCUGUUGCGUGGUCACAUUUGGAACCUCUUCAGUUUGAUUUAGUUUCUUUUAAGUUUUAACUCUUCUCAGAAUCCUUCCUUGACAUUCUUACCUGUACAGUGCAAUAAAGGGUGCAUCAGCAGUUAGAACUGAGCUAGCAUUUUAUACUUUUAAACUGUCAUUCAGUUCUUUAUGAAAGAGCACAAUGUGGCACAUACCUAGAUAUUUCUCAACCCCCAUCUGCAAGAAGGUUGGAAAUCAGUGAAGAUUCCCUCAAGGAGAGCAUCCCACAUUGUCCCUUGUGGAUGUUGGUCAGGGUUUGCCCAUGUGGAGAAGGCAGUGGGGUACCUAUCCUCAGUCCUGUGGAUCUAUGAUCAUCAGUCAGCUGUAAAGCAGAUAUAUAGGCCUUUGUGCUCUCCUGACCUGCUAUGACAGGGGUGGGCAAAAGGGCCUUUGUGGGCAGGAUCCGGCCCGCCAAGCAGGUGGAUCUGGCCCGCAGAGGCCCUGCCGCUCAGUCACCUUUAAUUGUAUGGCCUGGGGUUGGUGGAGCGCGCAGAGCUUCUUCCCACCCUGCCAGGAGCACGUGGUGCUUUGAAGCGCCACGCACUGCUCGCAGGGCAGGGGCAGAGCCAAGGGCUUCGCACGCUCCCCUGCCCCCAGGCCUUAAUAGGCUAGGGGCAGGAGAGCGCAGGAAGUCUCCUCCCACGCCAGGGGCAUGGGCACCUAGAGGGAACGUUGGGGGGAGGGGAGGGAGGCAAAGGCAUUCCCUCAUCUCCAGACCAAUCAUUGUCCGGGGGUAGGGAACCCAGAAGUAUCUUUCUUCUCCCC